AUGGUGGGCCCAGUCACUGCCCUGCUGAAGCCAUGCCUGCUGUACCCACCACCCACAACCACUGUUUCACCAAUGGCCCCUCUUCUCCAGUCAACCAUGGGGCUCUGCAGAGAUACCAAAUCUUUAGCUACCUCAUCUGUAGCAUCAAAGUCUUUGAAACCUGAAGUUCUCCAGCUCUUGAGGUGCACAGGUGUCAUGCUGGUAGAGGCAACCACAGGGAAUUUUGGAGAUGGGGGAAACUUUGCCAUUACUUUGCAGCUUCCUAUGGCGAGCUCCAGAGACGGUGUUGACCCCAGUGGCAGCAAAGGGACCCUCACAGCCUUGGGGAAGUUUCAGGAGCUUGAGCCCAGAUUGGCCCGCCGCCGCCUGGCACAGACCCAGCAUCGUGCCACCCUGACAGGGCUCUUCAAUCACCUCAGAAAGACUGUCUACUCCCAGUCUAAUUUCACUGCCUCUAAGUGGCAGGUUUUGAACCAGGCAAAGAGUCACAUUCAGAAACUGGAACAGACUUUGGAUAAUCUGCUGAAACUGAAAGAAUCCUACAACCUGAAGGACGGGAACGCAUGCAGCUUAAAGGAGGCCAAGGAAGAAUAUGCCAACCUGUACGCCAAAAACCUCAGCUUAGUCUCAAAUGAAAUUCUUCCAAGUGAAUCUAUUCCCUGGCACACAGUUGAGGCAUUGGUGAAAGAUGUUAAGGAGGAAGAGGAGGAAGACAAAGUGAUGGAAGAGGAAAGGAAGACAGUGCCAUUCUUAGAAAACCAAAUCAUGUCACCAGACCUCCUGGAAUUUGAAAGAUACUUCAACUUCUACAAGCAGACCAUGGACCUUCUGACCAAAAGUGGGAUCAUCACUCUCCAGGAUGCAGCCCUCCCUCUGGUGUCUGCUGCCAUCUCUCACCUGUGGCAGAACCUCUCUGAAGAGAGGAAGACCAUUCUCUGGCAGGCCUGGUUACAGGACACCAGCCCCCCAGUCCCUUCUGUGACCUAUUCCAAUGGCAGUGUAUAUGACAGUGGUGUUGGCAGCCAGGGGGCCAGCUGCUCGCUCUCCUCCACUCCAGAGGAGAUGAGCUUUGAAGACUCUUUAAAUGUGGCACAUUUCCUGGACAAAAAUGAGGUUCUCAGUCCACUGAUCCCCAGAGCUGCAAAGGAGGAAGUCAUUGAUGGCCUCAUAACUCCAGACAUGAGGGCCACCUCUGACCGGGUUGACCGUGGCCAUAACACCAAGAUCUGGCAGCUUACCAGUGGUGAGCAUGACACUCUGGAGGAAAAGUUCCAGCUCUACAAACAAAUAGUUGACUUCUUCGAAGGCCUUUGCUGUAUUAACACCGAGAUCAAGGAGGAGCUUUCUAUUAAUGAUGAGACCAUGCUUACGUGUUUGGAGACCUUUGAUGAUGAGGAUCUAUAA